AUGCGACGACAAGCCGCCGGUUGUGGUGGUGGCGGCUGCGGUGGUGGCGGUUGUGGUGCCGGUGGAUGCGGUACCGGGGGGUCGAGCGGCGGAGGCUGCGCCGGGGGUUCUUGUGGAGGAACAGGUCCCCCCUAUGUUCCCGGGGGGUCGGGCACCGGAACGUCCUGGUCUAGCGGGUGGUCAUCUGGGACACCAGUACAGGUAAGCCAGCCAUCCGGUUCAUCAUGGUCAAGGACCUGGUCUUCCGGUUCCGGUGGGAUUCCAGGCGGCGGCAAUAUGGGCGGCUCGUAUUUGCCAUCUGGUGGAAUUGGAGGUAUCGGCGGCGGCUCUUCCGGAAGUCGAUCUUCCUGGUCAAGACAAUCUUCUUGGUCGUCUGGGACUUCCGGCGGCAGUCCUGGUGGCGGCUGUGCUGGUGGAUCCUGUGGGGGGAGCGGCUCCGGCGGACCGUUCGCUCCUGGUGGCGGAUCUGGCGGCGGAUGCGCAGGAGGCUCCUGUGGGGGCCGAAGAUCGGGAGGGUCAAGCGGCGGAUGCAUGUUUGGCUGUAAGGUCAGAUACUAGUACCCACUGCCCGAUACCCACCAGAUCAACCGAUUUCACAUUGACUUUGACCUUUAUCUUGUAUUAUAAUGUAUACAUGC